AUGGGGUUUUCUGGUUAUCUCCAAAAUGAUCGCCCAACUUUCACUCCGCGCUUUUCUCAGGUUUGCGGCAACCACGAUUUGCCAUGCGACGAGUCGUGGUACCGGGAACAUUGGAAGGAAUGGCAUAGUGAACGCCAGUCUUCCAGCGAGAUCUAUCGGAUGCUUCAAGCAGCUGGUUUCGAGGUUUUACAUGGAACCAGUUGCAGCAUUGCGGGAGUGAAGUUCUAUGGCAGCCCCAUACAGCCUGCGCAGCCAAGCAGUCGGCAACAUGUCAAGAAGACUUUGGUCGGAAGGACAGAAAUGGCGUUCGGACGGAUGCGUGGCGGUCAAGAAUUGAAGGAGGAGUGGAAGAAGAUUCCAAAGGAUGUUGAUGUGCUGAUCACGCACACUCCUCCACACCAGAUCAUGGAUGAGACCCAAUAUGCUGGGAAGCGCAAGAAACACAUAGGCUGCGAAAUCUUGCGCCAAGUGCUGUAUGGGAGGCGCGCCCCAGCAGUGCAUGCCUUUGGACAUGUGCAUCCAGGCUAUGGUUCGCUUCAAGAGCCCAAAACGCUCUUCAUCAACUGCGCCAGUGCCACUGAUCGCCGCGGCCAAUCAGGUUCAGUCAAUCUGCCUGUGACCUUUGUCGCGGAGCAAAGAGAAAUAGAGCGAUGCGGUUUCCCAGGUAGCAUUGGAGCGGGCUGGGUGAUUCUUUGUUGGUUUCAAUUUUUGAUAGUUCAGAGCCAUAAUUUAUCAUAA